AUGACGUCGAUCCAUUCGGCUUUAAAGCUCGCCUUCUUCUCUAUUACUUCCAUUUUCAUCAACACACUGGCAAUUGUUUCACCUGCACCAAAUCCACCUGCAGAAGCAGAUGAUCAUUAUAAGCAUGAUGAUGAUUUCAUCAAAAUCCACUAUUAUUUGGCAAAAUCACUAUUGUCAAUCGUAAUAGCGAUCGGCAUACUAGUGUUCAUUAUUGUGGUGAUAAAAAAUGUGACGAAGAAGAAGCAUCUCAAACCAGCAAAAUCACAAGUAAUCACGACGUGGUCUGGCCUCUAUAGAUUCUCCAAGGCCGAGAUUGAGUACGCCAUGGAUUUAGAUGAUCAUCAUGGAAAAGUGUUCCUCGGGCGGGGAAGCGCUGGCAAUGUUUACAAAGGCAUUCUGCCCAGUGGACAAGCCGUCGCCAUCAAGCACAUAAAUAAAAGCAACGACUACGAUUCUUUUAAAAGGGAAGUGGAAGUUCUUUCCAGGAUUCGGCAUCAAAACCUAGUUUCCCUCGUCGGUUACUGCGUCGAGGAUGGCGAGCAAUAUCUUGUCUAUGAAUUUUGUCCAGGGGGCAAUCUGGCUCAACAUCUCUUGCGAAAAGACACUGUUUUGACAUGGGAAAUAAGAGUAAAGAUUUUAAGAGAUUGUGCCCUUGCACUGAAGUAUCUCCACCAUUAUAUAGAUGGCUGCAUUGUUCACAGAGAUAUUAAGCUUACAAAUAUCCUUUUGACUGAGAAAAUGGAACCCAAGCUAUCCGAUUUCAGUUUAGCCAAAAUAUUGGGUAUCGAUGAGACAAAGGGCUUCACCGUUCUGAGAGGAACUAUAGGCUAUAUGGAUCCAGAAUACAUGAGCAAUGCCAAGCUUACCUGUGCAAGUGACAUUUAUAGUUUUGGCAUUGUUGCUCUCCAACUUCUUUCGGGACAGAAAGCAGCCGAAUUAGAUCGUGAUGCCAGAAACCAGCUGACAAGAAAGGCAAAGGACGUAAAUAUGGGAAACCGUCCAGUCUCAGAUUUUGAAGAUCAAACGCUAAAAGGAAAUUUCAGCAAGGCGGACUUCCAAUCAAUCUUGCUAGUAGCGGUCCUCUGCGUUUCCAGCACAAGCAUCGGUCGCCCGAACAUUGACGUUGUUUUCGAUGAGAUGGACAAGAUCUGGAAGAACACCUUUUCUUGCAAAGCAAGGGAUGAGCUCGUCAGCAAUGUCGGUGUCUAG